AUGCAAACAAGAGAGGAUGCAUACGACCAUUUGUUGUUACGACCAUUUUCCCCUGGAUAUACUAUUUGGGUGCGUCAUGGUGAGAAUCCGGUUGAAGAGAGUCCUAGAUUGGGACGAGUAGAUGACAAUAUGAUAUCCCAAGUGAAUCAAAUGCACCAAAUGGUCAAUGAGGCCUUCAAUUUCACCAUACAACAUGAGAGUGAGGAUAUCACACAAUCGAACAUGCAGAAGAUGAUGAAGACGUGUUACCGAGCUUUGAAGCUUUAUCAUAUCAAGUGUAUGUGCGGUGUGAGUGACAAGGCAAUGACAAUGAUUCUUGACUUACUGCGGGACGCAUUCGAACAAGCAAAACUUCCGAAUACAGUGUGCAAGAAAUGUGGGUGUUCAAGAUGGAAGCAGAAGACUAAAAAGGGCUCUAUUCUUAGGCUCAACGUACCAGUGAAGAGAAAUGGAAAACCUAUAGCAGCCAAAACCCUUCGUUACUUUCCCCUCAUACCACGACUGCAGCGGUUAUUCAUGUGCAGCAAGACAUCGAGUGAUAUGUUAUGGCAUUCACAGGCGUCUAAUAACGAUGGUUUCCUUAGGCAUCCAAGGGACGCUGAAGCAUGGAAAAAGUUUGACGCAAAGUAUACUAAUUUUUCGGCGGAUCCGCGCAAUGUUCGCCUAGCCUUGGCGAGAGAUGGAUUUAAUCCCUUUGGGAAUAUGAGCACAAAGUACUCCAUCUGGCCUGUGAUUCUUAUUCCGUAUAAUCUACCACCAUGGCUUUGCAUGAAGCAGACAUCUUUCAUCCUAUCCACGCUUAUUCCUGGGCCAAAAAUGCAAGGUAACGACAUAGAUAUUUAUUUGCAGCCUUUGAUAGAUGAGUUGAAGCAAUUAUGGGAUGGCGUUGAAACCUAUGAUGCCAAAGAGGGAAACACUUUCAAGAUGUGUGCGGCACUGAUGUGGACUAUCAGCGACUUUCCAGGAUUGGGAAACCUAUCUGGCUGGAAUACGCACAGUGGGUUAACCUGUCCUACGUGUAACUUGGAUGCUAAGCCACAUCGGCUGAAAGACAGUCAAAAAUGGUAUUUCAUGGGCCAUCGACGCUUUUUAAAUCAGGGACACAAAUACAUACUAGACCAGAAUAGAUUUGAGGGGCAGGUCGAAGGUAGAGAUCCGCCAAAGAAGUUAUCCAGAACAGAUGUAUUGAGUCAACAGUCAAAUGUGCACGUUUCAUUUGGGAAGAGUUCAAGUGUGACAUCCAAAAAAAGAUGCAAUGGCCAGGAUGUGGAUGAAGAUGACUUGCAUUGUAAGAAGAAGAGUGUUUUCUUUGACCUCCCGUACUGGGAGGAUCAGAUGUUACGUCAUAACCUCGAUGUGAUGCAUAUAGAAAAAAACGUGUGUGACAAUGUAGUCUUCACUAUCUUAAACGAUAGCGGCAAAUCUAAAGACAAUGUUAAAGCUCGCAGAGAUUUACAAUGCAUGGGUAUAAGGCCUGAAUUAUGGCCGGGAGAAGGUGGUAAAUAUCCUUCUGCAAUAUUUGCGAUGUUGAAUUCACAGAGAGAUGUAUUCCUGAAGACUUUGCAGAAUGUGUUUUUUCCAGAUGGUUACUCUAGCAAUGUUGCUCGUUGUGUUGAUUUGCGCAACAUGGAAAUGAUUUUUCCUCCAUCCUUCUUCACCGUCAUGGUUCACCUCACCGUGCAUCUCGUUGAUGAAGUUACUCUUGGUGGACCAGUACAUUAUAGGUGGAUGUAUCCAAUAGAAAGGUAUUUAGGACAUCUGAAGCAAUAUGUUCGUAAUAGGGCACAACCGGAAGGCUCAAUUGCAGAAGGCUAUUUAUCUGAGCAAAUCCUGACUUUCUGUUCUAGGUAUUUGGAUAAUAUUGAGACUAGAAUCAACCGACCAGGGCAAGUUGAUGAUUAG